AUGAACGUUAGCCCUCCUACCCUCCCACGCGUCAGGUGGUCGGGUGUACUCAUCCCAGGAUUGAAGGAAAUGAACAAGAUGGACGAUAUUGCUGUGCAUCAAAUCAAUGCUGGGGACAGCGGCGGUGCUGAUGUGAUUUUCGAUUUCAACGGCCACGAAUUGCUGUGUCCCUUUUCUCCAGUUUCUCCAGCUGCACACAACGCGUUGCACUUGAAGCGAGAAAAGGAUAUCUUCGCUGAAGUGGCGCUGCUUAACAAAGCCAUUCUCCAACCCCCAAGUCAAGAAUUGCACUCUCCUUUUUACCCCAGAACACUCGCCUUCUGUCUCAAAACUGCUGGCGACAAGGCGGCUGUCGUCCCAAUAGACCCCACGAAGCUCACACCUGUCUUGAAGCAAACCUUGAGUACAAUGCCGAAAACGGUCAACCAACUACACGAAACCGAGGUAAUCUGGGGCAAUGGAAAGGCAAGCAACGUUGUUAUCGACCAAGAAGAUGAUGCUUGGCUCAUCGAUCUUGGAGGCGGUUCCACAGAGAGAUGGGCCGAAAAGAAGUUGGCAACAGGGUGGAGGGGGUCGAACAAACCGUCAAAAAGAUCAUGA